AUGGAAAAGAAAGAGAGCAGUCGAACACUGGAAAUGUCAGAAAUAUCAGAGCGACUGAAGAACCAAAUAAUCAACGGAUGCGGAGGGAGCUUGUGCACGGGGAUCUUCUGCAAGCUGUCGGAUAUUGAUGAAAUAGUUGAUGAAAUAGCUGGACUACUUCUGGAGUACGGAGACUAUUUUACGUGCGAUUCGCUGUACUUUGUGCACGGGAGAACCGUCCACGAGGCAGAGACAGAGAACAAGAACACAAUGCGGCUUGGACUCCAUCCGAAUCUCAGCACGUCAUUCCUCCCGCAGAUAAACAACAUACAGCACACGCAGACAGCUGAGAAAGACCACAAGACGCAGACUAGAGGAUCUUUGGCGAUGGCUAAGAAUGUUCUGAAGUACUUCUACCUAUCAGUCCGAAGUAACGGCCACAUGUCGCACUCUGCAAGCCCUCUGAUCAGAACAGACGGAUGCUUCUCCGCAGGGGUAUUGCCUUCUGGGGAAAAUCAAUUUCGAAUAAAGAGAUGCCCUGAUGAAAAUUCCAAAAAAGAAUAUUUGAAAAUGGAGCUUGCAAGGAUCAUUCAUAGAAAAAAGCCAAAGUCAACGGCAAUCAUGCUCCAGGGCCUUUUUUACCACGAGCUAAACAGGCUGCGCGUCUCGUACUCUGUGCCCACCACUGUGCGGAUAGUAAAACUGUUCAAUGCGGUGAAAGAGUGCGUGAAGUUCGAGAAAAAAUACUUCAUCAGGUUCCUGGAGGCUGCAGAGAAGCUGUGCGAUGCAACAAAAGCUGAGAGUCUCCUGUGCAUGGAGGGAUGCAACAAGAUGGUGGGCGGGCUGAGCUACAACAGGCAGCCAGAGUGCGGAUUCAAAGAAGAAGAAGAGUUCCCCAUUUCCAGAAACUGCAUUCCGCGAAAGGAAAUAUCAGCGAGAGUCCUCGAGGAGUGUCCAACAUGCAAUGGAUCCCUGGAGGACUGCGAGUAUCCCCACUGCGAUACGCUGUGCUACGGGUCGAAUAAGCUGUGUGUCAAUGAGCUGAUAGAUCUGAUCAAAAGCCUGAUCAUUGUGAUCGACAAUACGAGCGUGAUAAACAUGAGGGAGGGAACACUUCUCCUGGCAAUUCUGAAGAGUCUCAGAGCCCUCUACAGGUUUUCAGUGGAGACAGGAAUCAUCCACCACUCCAUAUUCAUCAAUCGCAGAUUCUCCAGGCUCCUUAAUUACAAGGUGGAGAUUCGGUACCACAAGGAGGGAGGGCCCAGCAUAUUCGACUUCCCUUUUAUUUUGGACAUGGCUGCUAAAUCAGAUCUUAUCCAGAUAGAAAACACAGACAGAAUGAAGGCAGAGCUGCAGGAUGCGUUCUUUAGAUCGCUGUUUGAGGGAAAGAUCCCGCCGUAUCUAAACCUGGAAAUACACCGUGAAUCAGUGGUGCAGGACUCUCUUAAGCUUCUCCAGUCGAUAAAAGACGGGAUGGCGUGGAAGCAGCUGAAGAUAAAGUUUCGGGGAGAAGAUGGGGUAGACUCAGGAGGAAUAAAAAAAGAGUUCUUCCAAAUACUCAGCCAGAAAACGCUCGGUGAAUGGGACAUAUUUAAAGACGAAGGGGGCAUUCUGUGGUUCAAGCUUUUCUCUCCCGAAGAGAUGGAGGCAAGAAGGCACCAGUACAGGAUCCUUGGGAGCAUUUUGGGCCUUGCUGCGUACAAUGGGGCUGUGCUGUGCUUCUACUUCCCGCAGGUAUUUUACAAGCGGCUGCUAGGAUAUGCUGGCACUCUGGAUGAUUUGAAAACAGUGGAGCCAAAGAUCUACCAGACGCUGACUCAAAUGCGGGACAUGUCUCCUGAGGAGAUUGAAUCGCUCGGACUGGAAUACGCACUGAAUGGAAAAGUGUACGGAGUGACUGCGUGGAACUUAGAAGAGUUUAUUGAGGUGUACUGCAAAGAGAUAUUGGAGGUGCGAUUGGAGCCUGCUUUCAACCUGAUCAAAGACGGUCUGUGGUCCAUCUGCGGAGACACGUUUAUUCGGUCUCUUCUCCCGUGCGAGCUGAGCAUACUGAUAGGGGGCAUGGAGUGCGUAAACAUGGAAGAGAUUGAGAAGUACACUAUCUACAACGGGUACAGGAGAGACUCUCCGUUUGUUCAGUCGUUUUGGGAGAUAUUCAAGCAGUACGACAAAAAUAUGCAGAAAAAGUUUUUAAGGUUUGUAACGGGAACUGAUAGAGCGCCAUCGGGUGGCCUGAGCAGAAUGGCUCUUGUAUUUAUGCGCAACGGUGGAGAUACAGACAGGCUGCCGUCCUCUCAGACCUGCUUCAAUACGUUCCUUAUUCCGGAGUAUUCGGACAAGAAAAAGCUGAAAGAAAAGCUGGACUUAGCAAUAAGCCACACGGAGGGGUUCUUCCUUCUUUAG